AUGGAGUUUUUCACUGCUGUCCGCAAUUUAACUACUUCGGCGCAUCAGAGUAUUCUGCAGGCAGCGGGGCACUCCAGCCGCAGCGGUGAAUCUCAGCAUCCAUGGUGCCAGCCGCACAUUUCCUCACAAGCAGAUGGCGCGCAGUCCGAAGGGAAUGCACCUCCUUUGUUGGUGCCUUAUCCAGAAGUGCGAGGCCAGCGUAGCGACAAUGAGAGCCAGUCUGCAGGCAGUCAACUGGCAUCAGAUGCGUUAGCUACUUCAUCCGCAUCCACACGUGAAAAGCCCUCGCGGAGACCCAUGCCUUCUCUUCAGCCGCGUGCGGAGCCGCGCAUGACAGGGAGUGCAGCUGCAGAUGACCAGAGUCACUUCCUCAAAAUCACUGCUGAGCAGCUGGACGCAGACGCUGCACGUACCUGGCGGCCUGAAGAUUCAGUGGUCGCCGGAAACGAGUUUGCUUCAAUGAAGGGCUCCGGAGAUGUGGACAACUCGUCUACGACUCGGCUGACGAGGGCGGCAGACACCUCUUCUUCGUCUUGCUCUCCUGCUUCGUCAGUUGACGCGGGCCGAGGGUCCUCCUCAUCUCUGGGGUCCCUUGUUGCCAGUUUUGCGGCAGCCGCUGCUCAUUCAUUGGUGGAAUCCAUUGAACAAUCUUCACAGCAACUCUUCAGACCGCCAGGCAUCUAUCAGGUCACGCGGAACAUCUGGAUUAUGCAGUACCCCGAUCCCGAGUCACCAAACACGGAAUUCAUUGUUGCGUACCUCGAAAGGCACUAUGCCAACAAGUAUAUGAUUUUGAAUGUGUCUGAGCGUCAGUAUCAGCGCAUGCGGUGCUCUACAUCAUUGAAAACAGCGGGAUCCUCCAAGUCUUGUGAAGACGGCAGCGCCCGUGAGUCGACGCCUCGCACGUUGUUUCCCACAGGGACAGUGAUUGACGCCGAGUAUGGGGGCUUGCCGUAUCCUCCUUUGUCCCUAAUGUUAUCUGUGAUGCUUAGCGUGCACAAGUGGCUGCAGUACGAUUCGGGAAAUGUGCUCCUUGUCCAUUGUUUCAAAGGUUUUUCUCGCUCGAUCACUUUCUUGGCAGCCUAUCUCCACUGGGUUGGCAUUGCAAGAAGUCUACAGGCUGCCGUCCAUACGCUGGAAGAUGUCUGCGGAGUUGACGCCACUCAUCCGCUGGUUCUUCUGCCGAGCCAGAAGCGUUUUCUUCGUUUUUUCCAGCAGGUGUGCGUCAAACAAACACUGAUGCCCUCGUUUGAGACGAAAAAGCUUCGCAGAGUCAUUCUGAACGGUUUCCCGUCAUUUUUAGAGGCAGCGCCUAUUUCUUACGCCUCUUCACUCCCGGAGAGCACGCAGGAGACCCUGGAGAUGGAGGGAGGAGGAGAAGUCGCACUCUUCAGGCCUGUGUUUGAAGUGUGGCAUCAAGGACGAUUGAUAUUUUCUUCACUUACAGCAUACGUAGACUCAACUCGUGAGGGUGCUGUAGAGGAGGAGACGUGUGGCUACGCUCAGUGCGAUGGUGCGAGCGUCUGUGAUGGAGCACGAGUUCCAGCUGAACUCAUGUCUCGCCUGCCUGUGUACAAGGAAUCAGAUGGAAGCAUCCGGUUUGAUAUUCCAGGACUUCCGCUGUCGGGUGACAUUCUGCUAAAGCUUUUACACGUCACUCCCCAAUUCGGGCGUUUCCCAGGUGGAGACGACCCAGUGGGAGAGCAGGAAGCGGCGAGCGAUUGUCAGGAAGAAGCGGGAUGGAGGAGUAGAACAGGAGGACGUAUGGGCGUGGUAGGGCGGAAAGUUUGUACCGCCCGCGUAGCAUUCCAUACAGACAUGACAAAGGAAGGAGGCUACUUGGAAGUUACGAAAGCGGGCAUGGACGGCGCCGUAGUACUGUCGUCGUUUCCGGACACCUACUUUAUGUCCAUUUUCUUCGAAGAGCUGGGAGCCGACGAACCAAGAUCCCCUGAGGAAGAAGAAAAAAAGAAGGAAGAGGUCCGCUUGCUUGUGCAAGCGCGCAGCGAUGGUGCAGCUGUUCGAGCGGCACGCCUGCAGAAAACAGAAGAACAAGGUCAUAUCGGAAAGGCGGAGGAGAUAGCGCAGUACCCUGUAGACGAAGAAGAUCAACGGCGCAUGCGGAAGCGGAUGGAACUGAGGCAACAUGUCCAAGAAUAUAAGGCAUUAGCCGAGCAAUGGCGCCUCGCAGCAUCAGAACAACCCGCUUCUUCUGACGAUUACGUUGCCUCCUCGUCCACUCCAGGGACGGAGUGGUCCGAGACGUCUCGAUCCAGAGGAGCGUGUGCGAGCGAUGCAAACUCGCGUGCUGGUGACGGGGAAGAUUUUCAGGUAUUCGAGGCACGCCUGACGGAUGGCGAAAGUAAUGGAUAUGACGACGGGGAGCUCGCUGCAGAGAGUGAUUUUUGCGGCUAUCCGUUUGAAACUGCGUUGCGGUCCGAAGGCGCUGGCGAACGGCCCAUUGCAUUUCCCCGAAGCGCUUGCGGCGGUCCGGUUUGUGCGAAUGGAGUUAAUUUAUUUAAGACGUCCCCAGAGACACGGUCGCGGCAGGCACAAGGUUCGCUCUACCUACAGUGCUGUGACCGGUUCAAGAGAAGGGACGUAGAAAAUGGUGGCGGCAGUGUUGAGAGCGAAAGUGAUGUCAGCUGGGGGAACAGCGAUGACGAAGGGCGGGAAGCAAGUGAUGCCAGUUGCAAACCAAUCAAUGCCCGCGAGCUGAAGACUGCUGCAGAGCCCGCAGGACUCAUGCUAACUUCAGACUCCGUUCGCGGUGCACUCUCGGCGGAAAAAAGGAUCGACGGCGCAGCGAUGAGAACUGAGGGAGAGCACGACAUGGUGGAGGGUCAGAGUCGAGCGUCGUUCGAACAAAAGCAGGACAUCAAGGGCGCGUCUGACAACGUGACCGCGGUUCGUCACACCGUUUCAGCCAGCACUGUUUACCCGAACGACUACAAGUUAAGUCAACCGGGAGUCGGCAGUGGGGACAGCUCUGCGCGUGAGUGUCCACGCGGCUGUUUGGCUGGCGAAUCACGCGAGGCGUCGGGUUUCACUGGAAUGACAAAAGAAAUGGGUAAGGAGGAGGCACUCCGUCAUCCUGUGACUGUCUGUGACGCUGCAGGGGGUUGCGCGUCUUUGUCACCCGCUGCCGCCAAUGGAGGACUUUUGAAUCCUUCACAGAGGCUGAUCCCUUCUGGUGUUUCGGCUUCUUCAGCUUCUGAGGCAGAGGAGCGGCGUUCGGUCGGCAGCGAAGGCGGUCCUGAGGCCAGGCCAGCAAGCGGAAUGGCCUCAGCAGUGUCCUCAGUGAGAGGAGGGAGUGUGGAAUGGACCGCAUUGACAAGUCAAUCAUCUUCUCCAGUGAUUGUGUCCUCGCCGGGUACACCGUUACCCUCGGAAGGAGAGAGCAGUGACGGACCUUCUCCACAUAGUGAGAACGAUUCCGGAUAUUUGCGGGACGAUUUCUCCGCUUCGAAAUGGAGUUCCCGGCCGAUAUGGGGGACAGGGCAAAGAAUCGAUGAUCGACGAGAGGAACCAAGCUCUCAUUUGGCGCUUGCCCCCGCCAUGCCGCAUGAGAGCCGUGUGUGUGACGAGCCGAGACAUGGGUCUAUGUCAGCAGGGCGCGCGCUUGCAGGUGAUGCUGGCUUUAACACGCCACGCACACAAGUUCCCAUAUGGGCGACUCCAGACGAAGACGUGGUGCCACAGCUGCAACCGUGGCAGCCAAGUGCGCCUGGAAAGAUGAGCAUCUGA